AUGGCUUCGGUUUCCAAACUGGCUCCUGUAAGGGUGCUUACAGGCACUAACAACAGAGAAAAAAUGAAUAUUCUAGACUUGUCUCUAGAUGACAUUAUAAUACUUAGAAAGAUAGGUAUGGACACUGAAGAAGUAAAGAAUGAGACACAGAACGAUAAAAAAAAUACCUCAGUUUCAAGACAGCAAUCAAAUGCUGAUAAGCAUCACCAGCAGAGAGGAUACUCAAGAUUCAUAAACAACGUUGAGAAAAGAAAUGAUGAAAAGCCAAACGGAGAAACUUUUGGAUUCAAGUCUGGACAAAGCUCUUUAAACAGGCAGCCUUUAAAGAAGCAGGAGAAGUGCAAUGAAAAUUCUAAAGCCCAAGCAGUGAUGAAUCAAGGCCAAUCAGAGAGGAACCAACAUCAAUCAGAAGGAUCUCAAGAUCAAUCAGAAAGAUCUCAUGGCCAAGCAGAGAGUUCUCAUCGUCAAUCAGAAAGAUCUCGUAGCCAAUCAGAGAGAUCUCAUCGUCAAUCAGAAAGAUCUCGUGGUCAAAAAGAGAGAUCUCAUCGUCAAUCAGAAAGAUCUCAUGGCCAAUUAGAGAGAUCUCAUCGUCAAUCAGAAAGAUCUCAUGGCCAAGCAGAGAGAUCUCAUUGUCAAUCAGAAAGAUCUUGUAGCCAAUCAGAGAGAUCUCAUGGUCAAUCAGAAAGAUCUCGUGGUCAAUCAAAAGAUCUCGUGGUCAAUCAGAAAGAGCUCGUGGCCAAUCAGAGAGAUCUCGUGGUCGAUCAGAAAGAUCUCGUGGUCGAUCAGCAAGAUCUCAUGGCCGAUCAGAGAGAUUUCAUGGUCAAUCAAAGAGAUCUCAUGGCCAAUUAAAGAGAUCUCGUUGGUCAAUCAGAGAGAUCUCAUGACCAAUCAUGGAGAUAUAAAAGAUACUCAUCAGGGAAAUCGACAGUAACACAUUAAUAGUAGGGGACUUUAACACCCCACUUUCACCAAUGGACAGAUCAUCCAAAAUGAAAAUAAAUAAGGAAACACAAGCUUUAAAUGAUACAUUAAACAAGAUGGACUUAAUUGAUAUUUAUAGGACACUCCAUCCAAAAACAACAGAAUACACAUUUUUCUCAAGUGCUCAUGGAACAUUCUCCAGGAUAGAUAAUAUCUUGGGUCACAAAUCAAGUCUUGGUAAAU